AAACAACGUCGGGGACACUGGCACAGAAGACCUCCAAUUCCGGGACUGGAUGGAGUCGCAGAGGGUCCCGCCCCAUCGUGCGCCCUUCAAAGUCUGUAGGGUUGGCAUGAUGGAGGGGGGGUCUGGGGGCGGGCCUGCUGGAUUCCAUUAAAAGCCCCUCGCUCUCCCCCGCUGCACACCCAGCAGUGUGCGCGCCUCUCUCCCUCCGAACGCCCCAGAUCUUGCUGCUCGUCAUGCCGAGGCGUCUCCCCCGAGUCGGGCCAGGGCCGCCUGCUUGCCUGGUCCUCCUGGCCGCCACCUGCCUCUUCUCCCCGCCGUCGCAGGCCUGCGGCGUCUCUCGCUACGGGCCCCACGACCCCUUGGUGGAGCUGCAGCCGGACACGCUGCAAAGCCUCUUCUUUUCUCGCAGCGCCUGGGUUGUCCAGUUUUACGCGCGCUGGUCCGCUGCCUCCGCCGCCUUCGCCCCCACGUGGCGAGCGCUCGCCCAGGAUAUUAAGGGUAGGACAAGCCGGGUUAAUUGUGCUGCCGGGACACCUGUCUCUCACACACACCCUUCACCGUCAGAUUUGGCGUUGGUGGCUGGGGAAUGUGACGGAAGGACCCUCUGUGCAUGUUCAGAGAUUUUCUUGCUCUUGAACAGUCGCAUUGCGCGAGGCUGCCCCUCCAACUUAUUUAGAGAAAGCCCAUGCUCAGAGAGAGCGGCUACUGCUGCAUCUUAAGGGACAGCAGCCCGUGCAUUCCCCCUUCUCUCCUCAACCCUCGAGACACCAGCCAGCUCUCUGCCUUUAGUUUAAGCUCCCUGACGCUCCCAUGGUAUUUCCCGCUUGAACCACCCUUUCUCUUUCUUCUUCCAUUUGAGUAGGUGGUCUCUGAAUGCCAGCAGACAGUGGCCAUGCCCACUUUGACAACCCCCUGCCCCAUAGAACAUGGGUUGGUGAGGCCCUUGAGGCAAAAAAGGUUAGAUACCCCAGCUAAUGGGGCGCGGGUGGCGCUGUGGGUUAAACCACAGAGCCUAAGACUUGCUGAUCAGAAGGUCGGCGGUUCGAAUCCUCGCAAUGGGGUGAGCUCCCGUUGCUUGGUCCCUGCUGCUGCCAACCUAGCAGUUCGAAAGCACGUCAAAGUGCAAGUAGAUAAAUAGGUACCGCUCUGGCGGGAAGAUAAACGGCGUUUCCGUGCACUGCUCUGGUUCGCCAGAAGCGGCUUAGUCAUGCUGGCCACAUGACCCGGAAGCUGUACGCCGGCUCCCUCGGCCAAUAAAGCGAGAUGAGCGCCGCGACCCCAGAGUCGGCCACGACUGGACCUAAUGGUCAGGGGUCCCUUUACCUUUACCCCAGCUAAUGCCUCUUAUUUUGCACUGUACAUCACCUUGUAAGGCAUUGGAGACAACUCCUAGGGGCCGAGGGGUCUUUGCCACCCCAAAUAAAAUAUUUGAGGGUGCUACACCCCCAAGUUGAUGGUCAUUCAAAUGGUAUGUGUGCACCAUGUCUUAGGUUUGAUACGCAGAGUGGGGCUUAUCUCCCCUCCCCCCAUUUUUAAUUCAAAUUGGCAGCACCCUUGAUGUAGAUGUCAGCCUUCAUCUCUGCAAGUGCAUGCACCCCUUCUUUACUCAUUCUGUCUCCAAGGCCUUCUUUUUUAGGGGAAGAACUGUAGCUCAGCAGCUGAGGCCUUGGCAUGCAGAAGGGCCUAGUUCAAUCCCCAGAAACUCCAGGUAUCAAGGGAGAGACCCCAGUCUGAAAUCCUGGACAGCUGCUACCAGUCUGAGCAGGCGAUACUGAGCUAGGUGGCCCAACGGUCUGACUGAGUAGAAGGCAGAUUCUUAUGUUUCUAUGUUCUUUCUCUUUCACAUUCCACCCUCUGGCCCUUUCAUCCCCUUGUUCUUUGGAACACUCACUCUUUCCAAUCUCCUUUCUUUGACUGUUGUGUGUUUGUGUGCUGUUGACACAUUUAUGUUUAAAAGCUGAUGCGUUCAUUGAGUGCUCUUAACUUUGCGUUCUAUGAUAGAUUAAGCAGCCAUCCCCUAUUAAAUCUUUUCCCCAUCCCAUAUGGCUUUAUCUGCCUUUUCAGACUGGAGACCUACUUUGAAGCUGGGCGUGAUAGAUUGUGGCAAGAUGUGCAACGAAAAAAUGUGUUCAGACUUUGAAGUCACCGCAUACCCAACUGUGAAGGUAAUGAUAAUGUGAAAAUUUGGAUGACGUAGUUUGAUGAGAUCCACCUGAUUUUUGUUUCGUUUUGAGGGUGGGCAGGCAUUCUUCUGUUUUAAAUGUAGUAUAAAGGUAAAGGGACCCCUGACCAUUAGGUCCAGUCGUGGCCGACUCUGAGGUUGCGGCGCUCAUCUUGCUUUAUUGGCCGAGGGAGCCGGCAUACAGCUUCCGGGUCAUGUGGCCAGCAUGACUAAGCCGCUUCUGGCGAACCAGAGCAGUGCACAGAAACGCCGUUUACCUUCCCGCCGGAGCGGUACCUAUUUAUCUACUUGCACUUUGACAUCCUUUUGAACUGCUAGGUUGGCAGGAGCAGGGACCGAGCAACAGGAGCUCACCCCAUUGCGGGGAUUUGAACUGCCAAUCUUCUGAUCAGCAAGCCCUAGGCUCUUUGGUUUAACCCACAGUGCCACCCAUGUCCCUAAAUGUAGUUUACAACACCAUAAUUACAAUUCCAGUGUUACUGUACUGGCUUCCUCCUUUUUCAUAUCUCUCUAUUUCCUUCAAAAGCUGUUGAAAUCCUUAUAUGAGCAAUAGUCUUAAAUUGUAACAAAAGUUAAUCACUUUGUGAUUUUCAUAAUGUUAGCUCUGUUUCAGCCUAUGGUGAAGUUCUGCCAACACUGUAAGGAUGCCUUUUGAUUGAUUUUCUUUUUCCCCCGUUACAUUUUACAAAAUGCAAAUGUAUUCAUUUAUACAUCCACACCUUCCUGGGUCAUUCAUUUAUUGCAGAUAACCUUCUGCUGCACUCUGAAGACCAGAGGUCUAACUUAUUUACUGGCAGCAGUAGCACCGGGUCCCACUGUCCCUAUGCUUUCCAUAUGAAAGAGAGAACAGGUAGCAGUUGAUCAAGGAGGAAGUGGUGUCACUGCUCUUCUUGGGUUCCUAGGGUCCUUGACACUACCAUUCCCUGACCCUGGCCCUGUACAUUCCUUAUGGAUGCGCAACAUUCACAACUGCUAUGUACGUAUUGCAAUAUGCAGCAAUAACAAAUAAAAAGCAAUAUAAGAAAAGAAGAGAGGAAGAAGAUGAGGCCACCAGAGCAAUCCAGUUAGUCACCACCAGAAGAAUCCAGCAGCACCAAAAUGUUCAAAAAGGACAUCAUCCUCCUUGCCAGAUCUUCUAAACAGAUGGGUGCAGUCCCCAACUUGCAAGCUUGUGCUUAGGCAGUAUGGUGCCUACCCUACGUACUGUAGCAGACUUGAACAUAUGAUGCCCAAAGCAAAACCUAACUCUCUGGUUUGUUUCCUUCCAGUUUUUAAAGCCAUUCUCUACAUAUGCUGGCGAUGGCAUAAAGCUUGAAGGUAUGUAUCCUGAAAUUGAUUCUAAACCUCACAUAAUUAUUUAUUUGAAUCUAGAGCUCUCACUGCUGAGGUGAGGGUCAGAGGUUAAUUUGCUAGGCUGCGACUAGCUGGAGGGAGAACUGAGCUUCUUGCUCCCUCCUCCUCAUUCUCCACCCAGAUGAAACAGAUGGUCAUAUGGAAGCCUUACAGAGCCAUAGUUGUCCAUGGUGGAGGGUGGUUAUUCAGUGCAAAUGGCUAGGACAGGCACAAUAUCUCUGGCCUUACCCACUUUUUCUCUUUUUGUGAUGUUUCACAUUUAGUGAGCAAUUAAAAGAAUAGCCUGCCACUCUUCUGAUAAUCAGCAGCUUGGAGUUCACACUCUUGUAUAGGAAUAUAUUAGCAAAUUGGAAAUUCAUGCACACUGCACAAAAAUUUAUAUAUGUUAAGAUGAGUCACGGGAAUAUAUGUUCUGGUCCUGAAGGCAAGAUGUAACUUGACUUCCUGAUACGUGUUUUAGAAUCAAAAUAGGCACACACAACCUACAACCCAAUACCCAUAAAGAAGGUAAGAUCAGAGUGGUUUCCAGACUAUAUUUUAGGGAUGGUUUGUUUGUUUUUUUAAAAAAAUCCAGCACUAUUUUUCUCAGAGUUUCUGUUCCAAAGCAACCUUAAAACAUGGCUGUGUACUCAAGCUUUUGGAAAUUCUUAGUGUUUAGCUUGGGAUUUUUAAAGAUGGUGCUGUGCAGGGUUUGUUUUUUUACUUGGUGUGAAUAGUGAUUUUAUUGUUUAAUGGGUUUGUUUAAAAAAUGUUCCUCGCCCUGAGAUUUUGAGAUGAAGAUUAGGAUAUAAAUAUUUAUAAAUAAAGUUUAAAGGCCAAAGGGAAGCUCACAUUCAAAAUGUGUUAGAAAUUGGAUCUGGCUUGCAAGCAGCCUUUGCUGGCACAUGGCAUCUGUUUGUGAGUGGUGUUUGGGUUGGAAAAUGCACAAUGUCUGUCCUCAGAGUUAUGAUCAACCUUUUCCUCCCCUCAUAGAAAUUAAGGAUGACCCUCAGAGCCUGAGGGAAGCCAUAAUCACCUUUGCAGAGAGUCAUCUAACUAGUUGGUGGUCCCCUGACGCCCCACUGUUGGCUCCGCUCAGGUAACUAUUUUAGACAUCUUUCAAUCCAUUUCUUCACAAAAUAUGUUAAGAAGUCAGAUAUUUAGUGUCAUCGGUCCCAUGCUAUGGAAUACUCUUCCAGCAGAAAUUGGGCAAGCAUAUUUACUAUUGGCAGAUCUUUUAUGCAGACAGUUGUUUACAUUUCUUGAUUAGCCAAUCAUUGGUGAUGUGUUGUGUUUUAUUGAAUAUCUGGUACACUGCCUUGAUAUUUUACACAGGUUGGCAGUAUAUAAAUGCCUUUAUACAUAAAUUUAAAAAACACAUUCUAAUUUUCUAAUCUCCCACAGUGUCACAUGUCAAUAUGCCAAAUCCAGUUAUGUCAAGGGAUCAGUGCAUGAUUUAUGCCCAGGAAUAACUGUUGAGCUUUUGGGAGGACCAGUAUUUGCAUGAAAAGAAUGUUCAUGUGGGACUUUGUCCAAAUUUUGUUUAACAUGCUAUUCUCUUUGUUAUUUUACAGUACAACAGAAUUUGUUGACUCCAUUCAGGGAAGGAACGUGGCCCUGAUAUUCGAGGGGGAGGACUCCUUUUUGGGCAGAGAGGUGAAUUUUAAUUGGUUGAUUAAAAACAGGGUUGGACAGAGCAGAUCUAGAUCUGUGUGAUUCACAGUAGAUCAGCAAAGUUUUUGGACUCUGGGCAGUUCAACAAUAUCAGCAACAAGAUGACCCCAAAUUAUACUGCUGGAUGAAGAAAGAUUAGGGUAACUGGGAAUGAAUUAUGGAAUUAUGACCAUGAGGUUUUUUAAGUUCUGAUCCUCAAAAUAAAAGAAUUAUGAGUCCAGAAAUUUAUCUCCAGUUGGUGGAUCUCAAGGGUUUUGUGAAAAACAAAGUAAACCCCCUUAUGCCUGAAGUCUGUGUACCAGGCUUGUAAAUAUGUUAGAUUUGCAUGUUGCAUAACUCUGUAAAUAAGUCACCAGCUAGAGACAAGUAACUUUUACUCACAUUAAUUGUAGGAUUGUUGUAGGAUUAAAAUGCCUUCAGUUUCAAUGAGAAGUUAAGAAACUUGCAGAUUUACUUUACAAAGGCCACUUGGGUGGCAUGCACACACACAAAAAGGGCAGCUGUAGAUUAAGGUUCUUGCCUAAACUUCUACACAUUGUAAGCAGUUAAUACUUUUUAUAGUUCUGUGUGGGGAAAGGUUAACUGCUCCAUCUUGGGCUUUCUCUGUGAGAAAAGGGCAUAGACACUGUCUUCUGCUGUUUCUGCCUUUCCACACCCUCAGCUGUUUGUAAAGGAACCAUCGGAGGCAUGCGCGUUACCCAGAGCGGCACCAUCUUCAGGGAAGUAGGUACUAAGACUCUGUUGAGGUGCAGCAGAGAUGAUCUGAUCACUUGGUAGACAACCAUUAAGAGGAGGAAAGGUAGACGGUUUGCUUGUGAAUCUAAAAGAGCAACUCCAUUCGUAAUGCAAUGUGCACUUCUGAUCUUAGGUCAUAUUGGACAUGGCCCAGUAUAAAAACAUUGUUGUGAGGAGAGUCUUGAAGAGCAAUGCGGAGCUAGUGACUAGAUGCAAGGUCACCACCUUCCCUUCUGGCUUCCUGUAUUCAAGCAAAGGCUCUUGCACACCCAUCCCCCUGUGAGUUGCUGCUGGUAUCCAUAAUCGACAUACAUAUAUGAGCUUCUUUUGCAUAACAGUGUUCCUGGUGCUUGUGUAUAUGAUUUAUAAGCUACAUUCCUUUAAACCCCCAUUGAGCAAUUACUUAUGUCUUCCUAUUACACAGCCUGCGAUAGUAUCCCUGCGAACUCUGGGAAUUGUUGAUUUGUGAAGAGAAUAGGGGUCUCCAAUGACUCUCUGCACUAUUCACAAACUACAGCUCCCAGGAUUCUUUUGGGGGGCAGUUUUAAAUGGUAUAAUACUGUUUUAAAUGCAUAGUGCAGAAGGGGCCUGUGUGUCUUGAGUUCUAAACUAAAAGAUCCUAAAUUCCAUCAUCUGAAGGAACUCAGUGGCCACUAAAGUUCAGCCACUAAAAUCAGUGAUGUGCAUCAGGAAUUUUUUGAGGGGAAAUACAUGGUCCAUAUCAUACUGCAUAUGCUGAAUUGCAUGUCAAAUUGCAACCUGACAGGAUCUGCUCUAGCCCUAUAAUUCUGCACAAUUCAGUUUUUAGAUAAUGGGUGGUAUACCUCAUUCUGGGAGCAGAUUUGGACUUCUUUAACACAAAAUCUUUUUUGGCAGUGGCGCUGGAGAUGUGCAGCUGGGUGCAUAGGUGCAUGUUGAUGCUACACAAUGGAGUGCCCUGCACUGUUUCUCUCUUGCAUACCUUGAAUGGGGUUGAACAGCUUUUAUGACAGCUGAACUGAAGAGGCUGCAUGAAAUGGGUUAGGACAAGGAUAUCCCACAUGGUGACCUGCAGUUGCAUUUGGAGUCCAGCCCCCAUCAGCCUCAGCCAGCAUGGCACAUGGCGUUGUAGCAAAGGGAGACCUCCUGCAUCAGAAGGUCAGAAUUGCCCGCUGUCUUAGAGUAGAGUCUCCUCUCAUAUUUUACUUCCAUCACAGGGCAAACAAUUCAAGAUCCUUCUACACAGACUUCCUGCGGACACUACCUGGGGUCCAGAGAGAAAUCAUUUACACUUCUAAGCCACCAAUAGCAGAAACAAAGGCUACCCCUGACUCCUGGGAGGUAGCAGACAGGUAAGAAGCAAGAGCCAUUUUAGUAGCCUCCCCUUUCUUCUGUUCUCACUGCAUUUAUGUAACACUGGUCAUCCUUGACACUUGGUGAGCAUUCAGUAGCUGAUCAGGCACAGCUUUGGGAGCAGAAGGGAAGAAGGCCUGUCUGAGCUCAACAAACCACAUGGCAAGGUAUUAUGGAUAAGGAGGGGCCAGCAGGCAAAGGGACCAUCUCUAUAGCUAUCCAUACCUAUCUAUAUCUAUAGCUAUCUAUAUCCAGCGAUAUCACAAUGCUCAAGGCAAGUGGUAUGCUUAGCAGUGACUGAAUAUCAGAAUUUUGAUGCAAAAUGAAUGAGGGCACAGGAUGCUCUAGAUAAGCAACUUUUCACAUAAAACUGUUCCUGGACUGAACCACUUUAGAGUACGUAGGAGAAUGCAAGAUUGAAAGCACUUUCAUAUAAAUAAUAAAUAGAGAAUUAGCGCUCAGGGGAGAGGGUUCUAGUCCUGCCUUCUCUUUUCUCUCCUGCAACGGGCUAACAUGUGUGGCCUUGUGACACUUGGCAAAGACUGCAGAUGACUCUGUAAGUCCCUGAGCAGCAACCUGAAUUGUGGUCCAGGUGGUGCCAAGGUGGGCCCUGAUUUGGUUCUUCAGAAGCCAGUUCCUGAUUCCUGCAGGGUAGAUCAGGAGUAGUAUAGAUUUCUAGGUAACUUCCAAUAGAUGGGCAAGGACUUCUGACUUGCAGCAGCAAAACCCAAAUGCUCUCUUUACCAUAAAUGAUGCUACAGAAAUAGAAAAAAAGCUUAAGGAAACCAGGAAUGGAUUGUUCUGUGGAAGGACUGUGAACUCCAUUCUGCUCUGGUUAGAGGCAUACCUAGGCUCCCUUGUGCCCUUGGCAAGGAGCUGCAUUGGCGCCCCAUCCCCUGUCCCUUGCUAAAUGAGCCAAGACAGAGUGGAGAGGUGCAAUUUUUGCAUCUCCCUAGGCCUGUGCCCUUAGCAGGGGCCAACCUUGUCAACCCCUAGGUACACCUCUGGCUCUGGUGCUCAAAAAUCCAAAUUCCAGGCCUAAAAAUUCCUUAGGGUGUCUUUUGCACUAGGCUCCAGUUGGUUCAUCUCUGGUAAAAACACAGAUGACCCCUGAAGUCUGCCCUCUUGUGAUAUAGAUGAUAUGGCUGCUUCAAUGAUGAGGUUAUCUUCCCACCCUCUUAUCUGUCACAGGACACAGCUGUGCAUGGCUGACCUGGAGUAUGCCGUGCUUUGCAGCCUGCACAGAAUUGAAGUAAGUUUAGCCAACUUCACUGAAGAGAGGCUCUCUGCAUUGAAGCACUAUGUGCAUAUACUGGCCAAGGUAAGUUUUCUACAUACGGUAUAUCCAGGCUUCUCUGUUGUUGGUAUAGUAGCGACUCCGUUUUUGAACGUUUUGCGAGAUCUUUUAAUUUUCUUUUGGGCUCUCUCAUGUUCAAAAGUUCUCUGUGAGCGAUUACUUGGUUCUUUGGGGCAGUAAAUAAAAACUAUGCUUGUCACAUUUUAUUUUAUUUUUAAGCUAUGUUUUGAGGAGGAAAACAGUUCCUGAAGUAGGCUGGUGGUGGCUUUUAGACAUGGUCAAGUUAAAAACUUAACUGUGUAAGAUUGUUCUUUUGCAUUCCUGCUGAAUUUUGGCCUAGCCUUGUGAUAUUCCCUUAGCUAAAGGCAGAUUUGCUUGAGAGGGGAAGUGGCUUUUAUGUUUGAAGCUCUGCAGUGGAUGGCAUCAGCAAGCAAACUUUUCCUAGGGUUGCUCUACACACAAUUAAAACAAGCCAGUCUCCCCGUUUCCUCUCCAUCUGUUGUCCCACUCAGCCCAUCCCCUGGUCAACCUGUCAUUUCUUCAGUUACCUUUCCCUCUUUCUUCCCUUCUCUCUCUCUCUCUCUCUCUCUCUCUCUCUCUCUCUGUCUGUCUUUCUGUCUGCCUGUUAGCAACCACAUGCAGAAUAUAAACGUCAUAAAUCUAUCAGAGUUCCAUCUCAGACUCUGAGCUUCCUACUUGGAAAAAAAAAUCCAAUUUUGAGAGUUUGUACCUGAAGUUGGAUGUAAGGCUUUGAAGGAAGACAUAGUGUGAAUAGUAGAAUGGUUCCUGCAUACAAUCUAGCAGUGGGGUUCCUCCCCCCUGCAAAAAAAAUUAGUACUAGGAAGAGAAUACAAAAGAACUAUGGGAGUUUGGGCUAGACUAGAGAACAGUUUCCUGCUUGGUAUGCUACUUAGACUGUUUGAAAUGUGAGUCAGCAUUCUAGAGGGAAGGCCUUAAACUACCUCCUCUGAAACAACGUGGUUUGAUUAAAGGGAAGAGUUGUUGGGAACUUUAGAAGGGAUUGUGAGCCUGUUCCUGGUUGUGGGCUGAGAUCACAGAGCUGUUGACUGAGUUGCCUGAAAAAAAAUCACUAGGCUAAGAAAUGGAUUGCUGCUCUUCAGAGAAGGCUCCGUGAGCUCCUAAUCCAUUUUGAGCAUGCUGAGCUUGCAAAUCUGAGCAAAUUAACCUGCAGAGAGAAGGAGAGACAACAGAGGAAGAAUAGCUCAGGUGGAGGUGUCUGUCUGCUGAACUACUGAAGAGAAAGCUGCAUCGUGACACUGGAGUGGUUUUAACACUCUGUAUUGUAUCCUCAUGCUGUGAUGGCAAGCCAUGUUUCAGAUUGAUUGAUCUACUUAGAGGCUUUGAGCAUCCAAGCUACUGAGCAACUGCCUGAAUUACUGCAGCUGCUCACUUGCAAGAAACAGGAGCCAGAGACACCUGGAGGGAAAGAAAGGGUCCCUACUGCUGUAAUGUAAUUCUUCUUUGCUUAAUGUGAUGAAUUAAACAUAUGGUUGAUGCUAUGCUUCUGGUGUGUGGGUUGCAUGGCAAGGUGCCUGAUUAAAAACAACAACAACAGGCGUGGUGAGAAUAACCCCCUGCAAUGUAUGAACCCAGUCUUUGGGUAAAGCAUGGAAAAGAGGACUGAAUCUCUGGUUUUAUUGUCUACCUUGCUUUGCCUGAGCAGACAGAGGUGCUCUUGGACCUCGUGUUGGAGAUAUCCAACUUUUGGUGCCAGGAGAGUCUUAACAGGAGUGAGGAAGGGCCAUAGCUUAGUGCUAGAGCAUCUGCUUUGCAUGCAAAAGGCUCCAGGUUCAAUCCCCAGCAACAUUUAUUUAUUUAAUAAAUAAUGGUGGGGGCAUGACACUUUCAGCACCAUGGACCACUGUAUCAUCCUGGGUUACCUCAGGUACCAGUGCCUUGUGUUUCUACCUGGAAAGUAGAUUCCAAAAGGUGGUAUUGGUGGAAUAGUUAAAUCCAAGGAUUUAAUCAGCUUUCUGAGAAUAGCAGCUCAAGACGACUGAUUGCUUAACCUUGGCUCCUUUGUAGCGGGAUUCCUGGUUCAUACAAUGUGUCAAGCUGACAUCCAUUUAAAGUUAAAUUGUGCCUUUGAUCUCCUAGUACAUACACCUACCUGGGUACAAGGGGAGUUUGGGGUUUGGAAAGAAAGAAAAACUAAGAUUCUCAAGUACCUGAACUCUGUGUCCAGCCAAAUUCUCCCUUGAGUGCAAGUGCUUUGGAACUUCCAAUUUGCUCUCUCAUGCCCCUCCCCGGUCUGCCCUAGUGGGUUGGUAGAACCCCGAGAGCACAUUGUAGGGGCAGGGGGCAAAGAGAGGAAGUCAAAUUAUGCAGGUUGACAUCCUUGCUCUUUGGGGAUGACUUGGUGGUGUACAACACAGUAUUUUGUUUUUACAUAACCCUGCAGUAUGUACACAGCGCAGUGAAUAGCCGACAGAGCUACACCCACCCACCUACACAACACUUUUCAUUCAGUUCCAUCACAGGUAGAAGUUUACUGGGCUCCUCUUGUUAAUCUUGUUUCCUAUUGCUUUGUUUCAGUAUUUUCCUGAGCGCUCUGCGGUCCACAACUACCUUCACAAACUGGAAGUGUGGCAGGAGUCCAACUUGUCGAUAAAUAUUUCGCGGAAUGAAUGGAUAGAAGAUCUAAAGGCUGCAAAAGAGGUACAUGAACUAAACAAGGAGAUUCUUUCUAGCCAAGAUGUGUCUAUGGCAUCUCUUCCCCCAACCCCCAUUUUCCAGAAUUUCUAACUGAGUAGCUUUUAAACGUUUAUCUUCAGAGAACUUUCCCCACACCACCAUGUGCCAAGAAACUUCUAUAUCUUUGCUGUGGAAUGUCCUCUGCAAGGUACAGGGGUUCUUGGGGGAAUGUUCAGUGGCAGCAGAAGCCUGUUUUGGACACAUCUCCCAUCUCAGCCAGCAUAGUCAAUCGUUAGGGAUGAUGGAAAUUGUAGUUGAAGGCACCACAUUGGCUUCACGUUCAUGUGUGUCAGGUCCUGACCAUCACUGAGACCAUCACUGCCUGGACUGAGAGAAACACAGAUUGUACCCAAAGAAUAUCUUCAUAGACUUAGCUUAUUCUAGUUGAGAAAUAUGUGGAGAGCUGUUCAAUCUUCUUCUUAUUUUUUUAUUCAGCUUACUUAUAUACACAAACAAAAAUAAAAACCAGAGAAAAUUGUUGUGGUGCCAAAAUAUAAGGGAUGGAAAUUAUAUCCUGUGGGAUGUGUGGGAAAUUGCAGAGGCUAAAAUAAUUACACACAAAGUUUGAUGAAUGAGAGAAAUAGAGAAACUAGGAGAUUUUAUCUGAAUUAGAAUGAUAUGCAUUCUGUGCCCUGCCCCAUCACAUCUUCGACAGCUGCAAAAAUGUGGAAAUGACAAGAAAAAGAACAAUAAUAUAAAAUUAGGCAGUGAAAAUAGCUACUUUCUCAUACCUACUCCUGUAAUUGAAUUGUUGCUUUUGGUUGUGUACAUAGUCUUUUCCCCUCCCACAGGUUACCUUGUAAAUUAAAAAGAAGGAAUAUAGAUACAAUUUAGCUACAAAUAUUAUAAAUGAGAUUUUUCACUUUAAAGAACACACACAGACACACACACACACAGAGAGAGAGAGAGAGAGAGAGCGUUUUAUGCCUAUGAACCACAAGUUAAGUGAUCAACAGUGGCAUUUAUAAUUUCUUUCCUUUUCGUUUUGAUGCUUCAACAAGAAAUGCUCAGUCAACAUAAUAUAUUGGAAGGCAGAAGAAAGGGCUAAUGUUAUGCAUAUUCUUUCCCUCUUCUUUCUAUUCUCUUCAGGAUAUUUUUCUUUUUUGUGUCAGAUUUCUUGACUCAACAAUAAAAGCAAGAAAAAACAAUGUGCCAAGUCACACACACACACACACACACACAUACACACACACACACAUACACACACACACAGAGGGAAGAUGAGGAGUGAUGACAAAGCUCACCCUCCACUACUAUUACAUUAAAAGAGCUUCCUCAUGCUUUUCAGGGUCUGAAUGCCAGCUUUCCAGAGACUCCAGACUGUGUGGGAUGUCAAGGAAACAUACCCGGGUUCGAAAGUUAUUUAUGCUCUCUCCAGAUUAUCUUCCACCUGCUGGCAGUGCAGGAAGCACUGAAAAGCGAUGGGGCAAACUGUAAGCAAAGUUCCUUCUGUUUGGUUAUCCGUACUGAAGCUCUAGCUAACCUCCAGGUACUGUUUGAGCUAUGGCAGCAGAGAGUAGCAAACCUGCAGGCUGUAGGGCAGAUCAGACUCACAGAGCCACUCCUAGUGGCCCACCAACCCUCUACUAAAAUUGGGGAAGAGGAAAGCCUUCUUCUUAUCUUGAAAAGGGGCCUCUGGUACUGUGCCAUUGCAACAAGGGGGGAAGGGGAUCUGCCAGACACAUGGCCUCCCCUCAGCCGUAUUAUUGCUUACCCAGAGGGGGAGGAAGGAGGUGGCAGAGAGGUCAGUGUGGUGUGGGCACAGCAGAGGGAGCGUCUAAUGGGCUUCUGCUGCUGCACUCCUACUGCACCAGGCUCCUGUUGCCUUGUCCCUCCAGGUAAGCUCAUGGGUGAAGGGAGACCAGGUGCAUGGCUCUGCCUCUUUUCCCUUCAGCCUAACAGAAAUAUUGUCCAGAAUGGCAGGCUGGGAAAAGGUUCUGCACUCAUUUCCCUUGUGCUUCCCUCAGCUACAAAAAGUAAUGUUUGGCAGUGUGGUGUGGACAAUGCAGAAGUGAAUUGAUACAGAAAUGAAGUAUGUAACUGCUGAAGUCAACCAUUGCUGUUCAGGAGUAGAGGUGGAAACGCACUUGCCACACAUCUUGUUGCUGUUCUUAUCUGCGGUGGCUGCAAAGUAUUUGUCCUUGAGGAAAGAAAAGAGUCUGUUUCUGAAUUCACCUUGCGAGGCCUAAGAUGUUUUGUAUGUGUGGACAAGCCAAUUUCCUCCACCACCACCUUACUGAUCUGUGAUUCUCAUGGUGACAUCCUUGCCCUUUCUCUCGGUUCUGCCUUCCCUUAGCAUCAUCAGAAGUCUUUCCUGCAGCAAGAGAAUUCAUGACGAACUUCUAUUUUUACUCACCGGCUGCAAAGCGCUUUGCAAGUUUGCCAGCAGAAUUCAUCACCGAAGUGAAGGACCAAGAGGAGGCUAUUUUUCAGCUGUGGUCAACCUUUACAGGUAUGCCAGGCACCUCUGUUGUUUUCAUUUCAGCAGCAGUUGAUAUACCUGUUGAACUCAGGCUUUGGGGUUUUCUUUUUAGUGACUGUUUACAACAUUCUCCUUUGUUUAUCUGUUUUAGUUGCCUCCAUCUGCCUCUGUUGCUUUGUUUUUAAUAUAAUUACAUACUGGACUUAUUUAAUAACAAAAAAAUAGUCUCUAGAGGUUGUAGCCAAUGUUAAUUCUACUCAGAGUAGACCCAUUGAAAUUAAUGGACCUAAGUUAAUCAUGUCCUUGAAUAAAGGAGGGAGAAAAUAAAAGAAGGGCAAGAUCUUGAGUCACAGGUUUUAUUGCUGCUGUCAGCAUCUGUAGCCUCUGGAGAAACUGAGAUCUUGGAAAGAUAAACUAGAAAGGAGACGUAUAAAGAACUGCUGAAAAUAUGAACCUGCACCAAUGCAGCUCUUCAUAGAAACAUAAACUUUCCAUAGUUAAGAUGUGUUCUAAGAUAUUAAAUGUUCUUAACAACAGAGUCAUCUUGAUAAUUAAUCAUUAUUGACUCUCUGUUUGAAACAGUUACAAAAUCUGACUGAAAAAUGUGUAUGUUUGGAGCAAAAGUCUUUGCCCAUGUCUAUUCUUCCUGGUUUCCUGUCUUCUCUUAUAGCAACUCUUUCAGAUUUUCCUUUAAGACUUUAUCUCUCCUGUAAUUUAUUCAGGUACUUUGGCAUAUCAUUGAUGUCCUUUAUGUUCGCAACAACUUGUUAUGUAUAUAUUCUUUAGAUAGAAGGGUUAUCCAAGAAUACCCUACUUAAAUUUCUCUCAGAAUUUAAUAGGUUUAUUUUUUGCCUUGUUUUUACAGUCUAGACUAGAGUUUUGUACACACUGUACAGAACUGCACUGCAAACCAGUUAAAAUCUGAGUGUUGGCAGCUAUCAUUCUAUUUACAUAAUUCUCUCUCUCUUCAAAAUCAGAUUUCUUCAAACUUUGUAAACUAUGUCUCUGACUUGUGGCCCACCAGAUGUGGACUAGAACUUGCAUCAUCCCUGGCUAUUGUCUGUGCACACCAGGGCUGAUGGGAAGUGGAAUCCAACAACAUGUGGAGGGUCACAGGUUCCACAUCCCUAUUUUUUUUUAAAAAAGGAAAGCAAACUCUUACAUUUGAAGAAUGCCACUCAUCCACAUUGUACAGGGGUGUCCAAACUUUUUUCAAAGAGAGCAAGAUGAUGUUUCCUGCUUGGCAGGGGGUUGGACUCGAAGGCCCUUGUGGUCUCUUCCAACUCUAUGAUUUUAUGAUUCUAAGAUUUGAUGAUGUGAACAUACAUGAGGGCCACCCAAAGUUGUUGAGCUUUUUUGUGGAUUGAUGUUGUUGUUGUUGUUGAGUUUUUUGGGAUUUGACAAAGCAGCUUACACCCCCGGGCCAGACUUUAGGCAUGCCUAACAUAGUAUUACAAACAGCAGCUGGUGUGGAAGACAAUUCAGUUUCAACCAGUUUCAACUACAUAAGAAUGUCCUUUUGUGCUUUGUGGUGGUAAUAUAUUGAACUUCACUUUUGCUUUACAUUGCAUAGGUGCUGAAAGCAAGGACGGCGAAAUUCCCAGGACCCUGUGGCCACCCCAAGACUUGUGUCCAUCAUGCAGUGAAAUUGUAAAUGAGAAAAUUAUGUGGAAAAAGGCAGCUGUUUUGAACUUCCUUAAGAAACAUUUCUCAAUGGACAACAUUUCCUAGGGCUUCCCAAACCAACUCCACAAUGCUGCCUUCAAACCAAAACCACACAAAAACAAAUUUACUCACACAUUAACCAUCCAAAGAAACAGGAUACAUAUUGCUUGAUUCCCUAAAUAAUAGAAUGCCCUGACUACUGCACUUUUGGACUGCUGCUUUUACCUGAGCAAGGCAGCAAAAAUAAGCAAACCUUCACAGAAGAUCAUCAAGAGCUGCUGAGGCUUUUGAGUUUGUGUGCAGCUACCUUGUGUGGCUGGUGAGCAACUAAACUGCAUGCUGCAAUAUUUGCAUAAGCAGUUCAGUAGCCUCAGGUUGUGAGCUCCCUGUGUCCAUCUAGGACAGACCUUCACAACAUGUAAGCAUGUGUGUGCUUAGCCUUUGCAUAUCUAUACAAAAGUAUAAAUUGUCAAGUGAGAAGUUGGCCACUUACUUCCACAUGAACCUGCCCAGUGGUGAAUAAAAUAUUCUGACGUUAAUUGAUGGGCAUCUCUGUCAUCUGAGAUCCAUUAGGUUCUGGUGAUCAAGGAAACAGCCUUUUUAGUUAUGCUGACACCACAGGCUAGAGAGAGUUCUUAAAUUUUAUAGUCUUUCCUUGGGAGCAGUUAGCUGGAAGCAUUCUGAUCACAUAUGGAGACAUUUUAUAGUCCUCCUCCAAGAAUCAGAGGGCAAAAUAUAACAACAACAACAACAACAGCAGCAGCAGUAAUAGUAUUUUUUUUAUUUGUAUGCUGCCCAUCUGACUGGGUUGCCCCAGCCACUCUGGGCGGCUCCCAACAGAAUAUUAAAAACACAAUAAAAUAUCAAACAUUAAAGCCUUUCUUAAACAAGGCUGCUUUCAGGUGUCUUCUAAAAGUCAGAUAGUUGUUUAUUUCCUUGGCAUCUGAUGGGGGGCUAUUCUACAGGGUAGGUGCCACUACCAAGAAGGCCCUCUGCCUGGUUUUUGUAUAUGUAGUUUUUGUAUGUAUGUUAUUGUGGCCAAUUUGGGAGCAGGAGCAAAAUGGUAUUUUUGAAAUAUUCAUUGGACAGAGAACACUGUAAUUGGGGAAAAGUUGUUUUUUAAAAGAGUUGCAUCCUGUCACUUUCUUGGCUCUGUUAGUUUGUUUGUUUUCCCUCUGAAAAGAUCAUGACCAGCCCUAUAAAAAUUAAGUAUUAUUUUACAGACCCACACACCCAACAUUUUUUCUUCCAUGGCUAUUUUUCUAUAAUUUACUGAAAAGGCACUUGACAAUAGAAUUCAUUAAAAAGAGCAUCAACACAU